UGAAUCUUACAUUAUUUACCAACCACCUUAACGAACCCCAAAAAUGCUUAAUAUGAUUCGUUAAAUUAAUAAUGGAUUAUAGCUUCUGAUUAAUGACGUAGGCUUAAGGGAUCAUAAAAAUAGCUUAAAGAAAUCAUUGAUGUCAAUGAUCACCAUAUCAUCUCAUGACCUCGGAGGCAUAGCAACCCGGCCAACAGAAUCUCCGGUCAGUGGUGCUGUUGUAGGGGAAGCUACACAACCAUCUAAGGUGGGAGGAUUGUUCGACGACGACGAUGAUGAUGAUGAUGCGUCUUUCGAAAAGGCAAGUGAUGAGGGAUCAAGCCUUAGCGAAGAAGAAUCAGAUCACGAGGACUUUAUCAUUGAAGGAAAAGAGAUAAGCCAUACUAAUAAUUUCGAUUAUGAUACCUUAACAAAGGGGAAGGUACCAAGUAGGAGGAGGAAACUAUUCAGGCGGAGGUGGAGAAGAGUAAACACGAAGAAAGCAUUAAUCGAAUUGAAGUCGAAAUUAGAGGAUGCCUUAAAUGGGAAUUGCAUCCUUGCAGAAGAAAGAAAUGGGACGUCACAAAACUGUAAGGACAUUACCCUUUGGGGUGUGCCCUUACUGCCAAGCAAGGGUCAUGAAGGGUCAGAUAUAAUUUUGUUAAAAUUUCUUAAAGCUCAAAAUUAUAGGGUUAAUGAGGCCUUUGAAAACCUAAAACAAACCUUAAUUUGGAGGGCGGAACAAAGAAUUGAUGAUAUUACUAAUGAAAAUUUAGGGGAUAAAAAGGAGCUUAACAAAAUGGUGUUUAUAGAUAGUGUUGAUAAUGAAGGACAUCCUUUGUGUUUUAAUUCUUAUGGGGCUUUUAAGGAUAAGGAAUUGUAUACCAAAACAUUUGGGACAGAACAAAAUAGGAGGGAUUUUUUAAGAUGGAGAGUUCAAUUUAUGGAGCAAACCAUUAAAAAGUUGAGUUUUAAGCCUGGUGGUGUGGACUCUUUUCUUUUGAUUAGUGACAUGAAAAAUGUUCCAGGUCCUGGGAGUCGUAUGAAGGAGCUUGGCCCUAUGGGCAAAGAUGUUGUCUCUCUCUUUCAACGUUAUUAUCCCGAGCUCAUUUAUAAGCACAUUAUACUAAAUCCUCCCUUCUGGUACUAUUUGUACCAUGGUGUAGUUACACAAUAUUGUACUCCUGGAACUAGAGAAAAGUUCAUAUUUGCAAGACCUCACAAAGUUACUGAAACAUUGUUGAAGUAUAUACCCCCUCAAAACAUUCCACUCCAAUAUGGUGGGUUUAGACGAGAUAAUGAUGAUGAAUUCACAUCCGAUGACCCUGUCCUAGCGUUUGUUAUCCGUGGUGGUGCAGUAUUGGUGUUCAGACUUCCGAUCUCCGAGGUAAAUGUCACGGUAGUAUGGGAAGUAAUAGUUGUAGGAUGGGAUGUGAGUUACAAAGACGAAUUCAUCCCCGACGAUGAAGGUUCAUACAAGAUCUUGUUACAUACAGAGGAGAAAAUUGAAAGUUGUGUAAGAAAUUCAUUUUACAUAAAUGAACCAGGGAAGAUCAUGAUUUCCAUUAAAAAUGCUACUUACGUCAAGAAAAGGGUUUUCGUCAGACUUAAAAGCAAAGCCACUUUGCCUUUGUACUUGUACAAAUGAAUCUAACAUUUUAUUGAUCAAACCACACGUACGUGGCCGGGCUAGUAUAAUACAGAGUAUGCAUUUUUUGAUGUAUAAAAUUUUGAUGAUUUAUCAAUAUGUAUUUAAAGAUAUGUCUGACGAACGGUAGAU